AGGAAACAACCCAUAUUCAGCGUGAGAGAGGCUAUCCCAAAAUGAAGGUUUUCCUUGUCCUCCUGCUGGGAGCAGUCCUGUGCUUGGACUCAGGUUCUUCUUUGCAGUGUUACAGCUGCAUGUCACAGCUCAGCAACUCCAACUGUCAGAAGCUAGUGGACUGCAAGGAAAAGGAAAUGUGCAAGACAGAUGUGAUCCGGGUCAGAGGGCUCUUGAGCAUCAUCAGCAAGGGCUGUGACUCGUCAUGUGAACCACAGCAUCAGGAUUUCAGCGUGGGCAGCAGAAAUAUCUCCUGCUGCAGCAGCAACUUAUGCAAUGCCAAUGCAGCGGGCAGUGUGAGGUACAGCUAUGGGGUGGCAGCAGGGAUAGCAGCCAGCGUGCUCUGGCCUUUCCUGAACAGCAGACUGUGAGGAGGAAAGACGGCUCCCAUAAUCACAGAGAGUCUUGGAGUACCCCUCCUAUGACAGGAAUUGUAACUGGGAGCAAGGCGGUGUGCUGGGCGUACAGCAUCCUUGGAGUUGAGGGCAGAUCUUUGCCAUAUGAUACCUUCUUCAUUACUGUCAUUGUAUUGCUGUAAUGCUACCAGAUAAGAAAACAUGUACGCUUGCUUUUUCACAUAACACUGAAAAUAUACUUAUUUCUGAAUCAA